GGCAGCCGUAGUUAACAAGAAAAAAUAUGACAGUAAGUGGGAGAGACAUAUCCACAGGGAUUCUAUAACUCAAGCAGUGGGUGGGACUAGACCACCGAUGGCACCUUAAAGAGGGAGGUGCAGGGAGCAUAGAACUGAAGCAGUAUCUGGGGCUAGAACACUCUGAUUGCAGCCAAUGUAAAAUAGACAUAUUCAGCUACAUUGUUUCAGCAGUCAGAAUCAGAGGAUAGGCAGAUACACAAUAGCAAUGACAGUUACACUUAACUAUAAACCAACUGACAAUGAGGAAUGAAUGCAUAUUGCGAAGCUGCUUAGUUAGUUUUGGGUAAAGUUCCCCUUUAAAAUGAGCAAUAUAAGUCUUGGUCAGCAGAGGGCAGUGUUACAGCACUAAACAAAUCCUUAUCCAGUCUAUUAACUAACAAGGUCCCUGUCCUGCCAAAGAAAGCAGAGAAGACAUUGGUGGUUUGAUGCUGGGGCCAAACUUUACAUGGCACAAAGGAGGCUUCAGCGGGAACAUUGCAUGGAAGUGGGUGAUUUGACCUCCGUGGAAUUUAUAUUUGGGAGCCUUUGUGACUGAUAUUUCUGGAGAACAGUGUCAUUACAGGACGGUGGGGGAUGUGUGAACACAUGAAAAGAAUCUCAAGCCAAGUGCAAGUUUAUCUGCUUCUUCUCUCUCCCCUUCUCUCUGCUGUACGGCAUAACCAUGAAGGGAACCAUUAAACUGCAAAUACUCCUGGGAACUUUGAUCUUCAUCACUGGAUCAUCCCUUCAAGAUCAACCACCUUCUCCUCUGGCCAAAAUAAAGAUUUGGAGCGCAGAAGCCAAGGAGUCUCAUCAGUACCAUCAUUUGAAGAGAAGCCGCCAGAAACGAGCCUGGAUUGUAGAUGCUUUUGAGAUACAGGAGGAGCUGCCUGGUCCCUACCCAAAACUUAUCGGCACUGUGAACUUGGAAGAUGGAGUCCAGCUCCGCUAUAAACUCCAGGGAAAAGGAAUCAAUGAAGAACCCAAGGGGCUUUUCCAUAUUAAUGAGGAUAAUGGAAAUAUUUACGUGCAUGAUAAAAUAGAUUAUGAGGCAACACCCAUAUUCAACUGGGAAUUCCAUGCGAUCAACAGAACAUCCAACAAAUUGGGUACAAAACUCGGAAUCCAACUCAAGGUUAUAGACAUUAAUGACAAUGCCCCAGAGUUCAGCUCCAGCUCUUAUGAAGUUCCAGUUAAUGAAAGCUGCAUGCAAGGGUUUACAGUCUUCACUCUCCUUGCUUAUGAUAAGGAUGAUCAUUUCAGUCCCAACUCCUUGGUGCAUUACACCAUCUUGUCUCAGGUACCCACUGACCCUGAUGUUGAAUUCACUGUACAUAAAGAAAAAGGCUUCAUAUCAUUCAAGGGCUGCCUCGAUUAUGUGAGAAAUAAGCAUUACAAGUUGAAAUUUGAAGCGAAGGACAAUGGUGUUGCAAUCCAACAACGGAGCCAGUGUGAAGUGAUAAUAAAUAUAAUAGACCGGAACAAUAACCCUCCCUUUUGGGAGUCUGAAUCGGGACAAACUGAGAUUUCAGAGCGAGAGGAAAACAUAACAGUCAUACGACUGGCUGUAACAGACAAAGACACUCCCCAUACUCCAGCAUGGACUGCAGUAUACUCAAUAAUUGAAGGCAAUGAAGACGGAAACUUCAAAAUAGAAACAGACCCUGUAACCAAUGAAGGGAUUCUUACUGUUAUAAAGGCCUUAGACUAUGAGAAGACCUCACAGAACAACCUUUCUAUUACCGUGGCCAACCUGGAGCCCUUGUUUAGCUGUAAAGUUGUGGAGAGGACCCUAGCUGGGCUGUGGGUUGUGGACGCUGCCAAAAAUAUCAAAACAAGGACUUUGACGCCAAUGAAAGGAGUGUCCGUGAAGGUGAAGGACACAAAUGAUCCUCCCCAGUUUAUCAGCGAAAAAAUUGCAUAUAAUAUAGUGGAACAUUCUUUGAAACCAGGAAGUCCGGUUGGGACAAUACAAGCCAAGGAUUUGGAUAUUGUUUCUCCAAAUAAAAUCAAAUAUGUUAUCUUGAAUGACCCCGCUAACUGGGUAGAUGUGAAUGAGGAUACAGGGGUCAUAACCUGCACCCAAGAUAUGGAUAGGGAAUCUGAAUUUGUUUACAACAGCAAAUACAAUGUGACCAUUCUAGCUGUGGAUGAUGGCGUCCCAUCAAUGACCGGCACUGCAACCUUCAUUAUCAAUCUCAAGGAUAUAAAUGAUAACACUCCCACAUUGGAAAGUCCUUAUAUGACACUAUGUGAAAGCGAGGAGGAGGUGCUUAUGUCAACGCCUAUUAUUGACAGAGAUCUGGAUCCUUAUUCUGGACCUUUCUAUAUUGAGGCACUGGACAAGGCAACAGAGAAGAAACAUUUGAAACUGUUGGAAAAUAAUGGUAACAUCCUCAAAGUCCUGAAACUAAAGGAUGCCCCUAGAGGAAAUCACACUCUUCACCUGGAAAUUUAUGACCGGCAAGGGGAGAUUUCCCACCAGAACCUUACAGUCUUUGUGUGCGAAUGCCUAGAGGGUGGUGUUUGUUUAGAAAAAAUGAAUGGUCCACCUGGUCUGGGUGGAGGUGCCAUUGCACUUCUACUUUUAGUCCCAGUUUUGUUUCUAGGACUGAGCCUCCUGCUGUGCAAGAUUCAGAGAGCUAAAGUGAUGGUCCCUGUGGAACAAGAACCUUUACAUUCAUUUAUUGCCUACAACGAAGAAAGUGGCAACAGGGAUUGUCAGGCUACACCUGUUGUAAUGGAAAAUUCAUCCGCUCAUUUUGGUCAAGGAGUUAAGGGUGAGGGAAGCAUGGCAGCAGCAGGAGAAGAGAUUGAUGCCGUGUUUCACCGAUCAAGCACCAGAAAGUACUCAGCCCCAGCUGUGAUGAUGGUAAAAAAAAACAUGCUUGCCCAUUCCAAUACCCAACAGUAUCAGUUUCAUAGGCAGCGGUCACUAAGGCAAACGACUGGGACACCCAAAAACCGAUCUUCAGUCAGACGGCACUCGAGUUUCCAUGGGGAAAGAAGGGAAAGAAGGGCAAGCAGCCACACGUUGAGGCAUAUGGCUGGGGCAGGACAACGUCGCUCUACUGCAACCAAUUCCAGCUCCAUACGCAAUGACGCAAUCAAUUCCAGCUUCAGAAGGUCCUAUCAUUCCAGAAUCUUGGAAAGUUUAAUAAAGCAGAAACUUGAUUCCUAUGUGGAUGAUGAACUAGUCACCUACAAGCCUCGGGUGUAUAUGUUGGAAGGUGACCUUUCCCCAGCACCUUCUCUGGAGGCCAUCAGCAUAGGAAGCAGCAGCAUUACGUUAGAGAGACUGGAGAACCUUGAUUCCAAGUUCAACAUUCUGGAGAAUAUAUGUGCAAAACAAAUGCAUCAGGGAUUCAUGGAAGAACACUCUAUGUUGCAGUAAUGGGUACUUUAUGUGGUUGGUGAAAUGCAAACUGGAGGCUAGGAACAUCACCUUAAGUUUGUAGAUCUGUGCUCAGGGACAUUAUGACUUGAAUUCUCCACUUGCUCCUACAACAACAGGAUGAUGAACGCCUUUUCAAAUCAUUUGUCAUUUUACUGGGCUUCAAGUUGAACAAUGUUACAGAUUCCAUGAAUCAAAAAACAUAGAACAACAAUGACUUACAUGUCAUACUCCCUUUCAAUACAUCUUUCACCUCUACUAAACAAGGAUAAUCAGAAGGAACACUGAUGCAUUCUUGAUUUAAAUGAGAUCGGGUGGAACAUUUAUGAUAAGGAAGGCAUUGUGCAAAGUGCAAGAGAUGGGUGCAGUGUGCCAUGUUCUUGAAACUUGCACCCACCUUCCUCACUAGAUGAAUUGCUAUAGGUCCUAGUACUCUGUGCAUUAUUCAGACAUAGAAGAUAGGAAGAUGCAGUGGACACAAGCCCAUUACUUACCACCUGCCACAUGGCAGGACUGCCCUGCACUUGUUAAUGCUGCACUCACUAAUGCUGCACUUUCUGAUGCUGCACUCUAUGGGGCAAAUUCACUAAAGGACGAAGCGCCUAACGCUAGCGCAUUUUUGUUAAUUCGCCGAUUCACUAA